AUGGUCAUGAUAAUCGGCGAACAGCCACAUCAGGUUGCACCAUCACACCAAACAUUAUUAGAAAAGAAGAGGAAGCUUUUCAGCGAAAGCAGGAGCGCAGCAGAAAGUACCACGGUAAAUUCGCCCCCUACUCUUAAUCAGCAACAGGUCCCCCGCAUUCCAGAAUAUCAAGAAGUUGUGGGACGGCAUCGACUCGCAGAGACUAGGAGAACAUUAAGUAGUACUGAUAUCACCCACGUGGGAAUGGAGAACACUCGCAGCAGUCAGAAGGUGUCGGAUGCAUAUUCUCCCAUCCCACUCGUAAAUAAGAAACAAGACGUCUCCGUAUUAGUGAGGGCUAUAUCAAAACCUAUCGGCAACAGCGGCACCUCUAAUAUUAGAAGAGAUCGUAGCACUUCACGGUCAGUGAGUGUCACGGGUCGAUUCGUAGUUUCCACAGACAAGCUCCCGAAAUAUGAAAGGUCGAACUCUACGCUGUCCACAACACUAAGUGCGCCUUUCCUGGAGGAAUGUCGAGUCACAGAUUCACCUAUUCUUUCGGGUGUAACGCGAGGAAGGCUUGCAACUCCAAGAAACAAUGCCAGUAUGGACAUGGCUUUUUGCGGCACUGAUUUAUUUGAGAAAGCAGGCGUAGAUGCGUCUCACUUUCUAUCAGAUGAUAUCAGCGUUACAGGUAGAGAGGAGAACAUCCUUUCCUGUACGCCGCAAAAAAGUAACACUAGCAAUAUAAGCACGAAUUCGGGAGCGAUUACAUCUUCCAUAUCGGCAGUUAAUGUGCGACCCAAUGGAGUGCGUCAUCGGUCUGCUAGCAUGCGGAAGGGACGCUUUACGGUAUUCUCAGACUCCACAGAUUCCCUACCCGAAGUCAAUUUAGGCGGGACUGUUGCCGUCGGCAGCAAUAUGACUAUUGCCAACGGUACAGGAAUGGGAGUGCAUAGGAAUUCAACUACAAAUUCAGGAGCCGCAACGCCAAAUAUGCGGUACAGACCAACAAGUUUAACCGGUAGAGACAGCGAGGACGUUGCCACAUACCUGCAUUCGCAUCUUCAAUCGCCUAACUCAAGUUUACUACCAGCAUCAAGAGACGCGAGCCCUCACGUUUACGGUAAGGGUUCACAAGAACCGAUGAAAAUAACUCGCUUAGGCAGCAGGGACGCUAUAGGAGCAGACUCAAACUUCAACGCAAAAGGCUUCACUAAAAUGAACGAAAAGUUCCAGCAAGUACUAAACCAGCAAACUGAAAUCUUGGAAGUCAUUAGAAACGUCAAACUCACAUGCGAACGAAAUACGCGAGCAAUCGAGGGUUCACAAUCCAAUCAGCAUAUGAUCAAAUCGAUCCUGGUCAAGAGAUUAAAUAACAACGACGCCAAGAAUCGAAGGACGAAUGAAAUGGUUGGCACAGAAGCCACUGCAAUCAGUAAGUUUCCGUGCUACAAUAGGCUUAGAUAA